AUGGUUUGGUCUCGCCCACCGGGUGAUCCAAGAGUUUGGUCUAUUGUUGAAACUGUCAAGGCAGAUGGAAAAAAAGUUAAAUUCAUAAUUCAAGAGAUACCUCCGAACAGAUAUGCAGAAGCUCUAGAUCAUUUGUGCACUGUUUUCAUUUCAAGCGAACCGGCAUGUCGAAGUAUCAAAUUGAUUGAUGAUGCAGAAUCAGUAGCUGAAAUACGAGCUUUUUGGACUACAGCUCUCAAUCACGGAAUUUCCAUCGGUGUAUAUGAAGCAGAUGAAAACAAUCAAAUAUCUAAAUUUGCCGGAAUGAAUGUAUUAGUAAUGGGUCAUAAAGAUGAAGAUAAGACGAUUACACCUAUUAAGGCGAGUCUUUUUUUAUUUCGUCAUAAUACUAAUGCUGAAGAAAAAAGUUUUCUCUUAAAAGAAUUUGCAAUCGAUUCCUUUCAUAAUUUUUUCAAGAAUAUGAGUGAAGAAAUGAAAUCGUGUUCAUUUAUCCCAUUAUUUUAA